AAACCCAAUCGUAAAUAUAAACAUGAAAUUCGUUUUUAAUAUGCAACGAAACACGAAACCUGUUUAAAAUGCUCGGGAUCCUGUUCUCGCCGCAGUUGAAUACCGACUUUCCUCUUAUCUAGACUAUUCUCUGCAUGAUACCGCUAUCGUACUGUAAUUUGACCGGCGAAUUAUAAUGAAUCUAACUCGUGUUGUAGCUAUCACGGGAUGCGACAGUGGUUUAGGAUACGCGUUGGCUACUCGCAUAGCCCGUGAAGGCAUGGUGACGGUAGCCGGAAUGUUCAAUGGAGUGGAUUCUAAAGCGGCGAAGUCUUUAGAGAAAUUAAAGGUUCUUUCGUGUCCUUUGGAUGUGAGGAGUUUGGACAGUGUUGCUGGGUUUAAGGAGUAUGUACACGGGCUGUUGAGAGAUAACCCUAAUUACAGCCUAUACGCCGUUGUCAACAAUGCUGGUGUCAUGACUAUAGGUGACUACGAAUGGCAGACUCCUACCAUGAUAGAAAACGCGGUUAACGUGAACCUACUUGGCGCUAUGAGGGUAGUCUCCGCUUUCCUUCCGCAACUGAGGAAAACCUCACAGGACGGAAUAAAACCUCGGAUAAUCAACGUAGCGAGUCACUGCGGCCUACAACCGCUACCAGGCUUCGCUCCGUACAGUGCGAGCAAAGCUGGCCUACUGGCGUGGACGCAAGCACUGCGUAUGGAGCUACGGGACCAUGGGCUCACAGCUGUGGCCUUUGUACCAGGAGGUUUUGUUGGAUCUAGCAACAUACUGGCAGGACAAGCUAACUCAUGCAGCAAAAUGAUCGACCACCUUGACCCGGACCAACGGAAACUUUUCGAAAAAAGAAUAACGAUCCUCAGUGACUACCUACAAAGCGCGUGUCAAAGUUCGAACUACAAUUCUUUAAAAGAUAUAGAUAUAAUUGAGACAUUUGCUAAGGCGUUAACUGAUGAAAAGCCUAGGUUUUUGUACAAAGUGCAAUCGUGGAGAUACGCGUUUUAUUACAGUUUGAUGAAAAUGCCGGUCCCUGAAGCGGCACAUCUUUGGUUGAUUAAGAAGUUCCUGAGUUUUCCAGAAGUUUAAACGCAUGUACUGCCAGCAACCCGCUGGGCGGGUUCCCUGUUUGUAGGCGCUUUUCGCUACAUACGGGUUUUGCCAUGUUAUCGGCUCCGCUCGUAGCUCGCGCUGGCACAGAAUUAAACACUAUUAGAAUAAGUAGUUAUUAUUAUUAUUUUAGUUUAUUAUGAACAUACAAGUUUGACCAAAGGCGGAAAACCUUUUGAAAAGUGUUACUGAACUUAUUUAUAAAAUAUGGGUACCUAUAAUAUUUUAUAAGUAGGUAUAUUUGUAAAUAUUAAAUUUUACAAUGAAAACUAAAUAAAAAAUUAUCCAUGACAA